AUGUCAGGUCUGGAGUGGGCCAGGCAUGUCAGAUUGCGGAUUUCGGAUCAGGGUUUGAGAGAUGUGAUGGAUAUGAGGGAGUUUAGAAAUGUACAUUCUCGUUCUGCUGGCCGUCCAACCAUUAAUCUUCUGAAGGAACAAGGAGCUAAGAAAGUGUUGCUGCAUGCAUUUGAUGGAAAACCUUCUGUUGCUAUGGAAGGGGUGAAAGCUGGAUUUUUCUUUUCAAUUCCACCAUCUGUCAUAAGAAGCGAGCAGAAGCAGAAAUUGGUGAAACAGCUACCACUAGAGUCAAUCUGCUUGGAAACGGACUCUCCUGCUUUAGGGCCAGAAAAACAGAUGAGAAAUGAGCCGAAGAACAUAUCCAUUUCCUGUCAGUACAUUGCACAAGUUAAAGGGAUUUCAGUGGAGAAUGUCAUGGAAGUGACAACGAGGAAUGCAUGCAAACUUUUCCCAAAGCUUCAAAAAUUAAUCCACUUAUAACCUAGAUUCUCUCUACAAUAAAAAGUAACAAAGUUGAGUAA